GGAGCCGACGGGAGGCUGCAGGGGCCGCUUGGCACGGGGAGAGCAGACAAAAGCCGGCGGAACUACGUGGCUUAAAUUCAAAAGGGGCGCUCGGGGCUCCGUCAGGGCAGCACCGGCCCGGGGAGCUGCGCGGGAGCGGCGCCGGAGCGGGCGGGGGGAGAUGGGCGCUGGCGAGCAGCGGGACACGCGUGCGGGGAGGGGAGCGCAGCCCCCCCGGGGCAGCAGCGGCUGAAGCGGCCGCGCAAGCCCAGCCCGGGCGCGACGAUGAGGGGCAUCCCGGGCUUGAAUCGGCUGCGGCUCAAAAUCUGGCGGCGAUGCACCCUGGUGCUCCUCCUCUUCUGGGCUGCCUGCUGGGUGGUGGUGAGCGCCCUGCUCUUACUCCUCCACAGGAGCGUCUUCUCCGAGCGCUGCACGGACGAGAAGAGCCACCGGAUCCUGGCGAGGCUGUGUCUUGACUACAGCAGUGGAGCCCUGACUGGUGACCUCUGUGAGGACCUGUGUGUGGCACAGAAUCUGGUGUAUAAACACUGCCUUUACUAUGACAGAGGUAAGAAGGUCAUCCAAGCUGACUGGAGAGGCCAGCCCAUCAUCCUGAAGUCCAAGAAGGAAAUCUUCUCCAGCUACCAGCAUCUCAGCAUGCUAGAAGAAGUGGAAACAGAAGAUAUUCCUGAAACAGAGCUUCUGCUGAUGGUAGCCUUGGAGGUCAAAAACGUCCUAGGGCUAGAACUGUCUAACAAUACCAUGGGGCCCCUGUGGACAAGGAGGAAGGGACCACACUGGAAAGCGCAGGUGGCCAGCAUGUGGUCCUUGAUCCAGCAGGAAGAAUAUAUCUUCUUCAGUUUGCUGCAGGACUUCAGCAAACACGUGCUACGAAUUAUUGGCUCCUGUGGACACUUCUAUGCUGUGGAGUAUCUCACAGCUGGACAUGCCUGGCACAAAACUCUUUUUCCCUUGGAAAAUGUGGUCAGUCCCACCUUUGCUGGCCGCAGAAGCAGGGUGAGAGCCAUCAUUGACAUUGCACUCAGCUUUCUGGACAUGGUGCAGCAUUUUGAUAACGAUUUCUCCCACCCACUUCACCUGUGUGACAUCAAACCAGAAAACUUCGCUAUCAGGCAUGAUCUCACAGUGGUGGCCAUUGAUGUGGAUAUGGCCUUUUUUGAACCCAAAAUGAGGGACAUCCUCGAACAGAACUGCACGGGAGAUGAAGACUGUAAUUUUUUUGAUUGCUUUUCAAAGUGCAAUCUGAGAAUCAGAAAAUGUGGAGCACAGAGAGCGAAUAACAACUUGCAAGUAAUUUGUGACAAAAUAUUCCGUCGCUGGUUUUCCCCAAGUCUCCGAGGGCCGUUGGUUUCUCUCCCCCUGCAGCUGCAGCUGCAGAAAGCUGUGCAGGAGUGUGCUGAGCCGGCACACGUGGAUGCUGCUGGGCACCAGAGGACUCUGAAAUCUCUCUCCAAGCUAUACCACCUGCUUCGGGUCUCUCAGCAAGAACUACAAAGAGCAGGGUAGACACAGAAGGCAGAACUGCAAAGGCCACAUCCCAGCCACUGUUAAGGAACACUGUGUAUGAGGCAGCCUGUGUUUUCUUCUUCCUUUCUUCCAUCCCUCCUACCCAUUGUAUUACAUUUACAACACAGAUUGUCUUUGUCCUAUGCAAAUGAAAUUCAUGGCUACAGGUGCAGCAUGUCUUGUUAAUAUCUUUUCAAGUGUGAAAAUGUUUUAUAUUACCUGGAUUCUGUUCUUAUUUUCCUGAGCUGACCUUAGCCCUCUCCAUCAGCAGUCAGCACAUUGCUUGCUUACCAAAAGCUGUAGCUGCUGCUCAGAUAACAUCUGUCUGAGUGUGGUGCUCAGAGUAAGGGCGCAUUUACAGAAGUAUAAGUGCAGUAGAACUAAUAUCAAUAAUUAAAAUAGUAGGUGGGUGGCUGUAGGUAAGUACAGGCAUUGUGUUGGUUCUAAUUUCUCAGUAGAAUGGGUGGGGUUUUUUAAGUAGGGAUGGAGUGCUCGGGGUAAGAAACUAUCUCAAACAGAGAAAUGUAUUGCCACACAAGUCAAGAGUUGCUUUUGUACAAAGCAGUCUUUGCUGAUGUCCCCAGGUGCAUUUUUUCUGGUGUGUUGUAUUACCUGUGCCAUAGCUACCUUGCUGGGGAGAAAUUAUAUAAUGGUACUUAGGGCUUUUCAAGAGCAAAAUACCCUUGCUGAAUUCCCAUGUGGGUACUCAUAUUCUGCAGUGGAGAGGUAUGAAUAAUGCCCCUGAAUUUUCUCAUGUGAACAAGCCCUCAGGCACUUGUACCUCAGAGCACUUGAUAAGAAGCACUCCUUUGCCAGAGAGCUGAAUUACCCAGGAAUGCCAAAAAUCUGUCCUUUACACUGAACAGAACAAUAUCCAGACCAGGAGUUUUCUUACACAGUAUUUUUUUAACCCUCUAAAGUAAAAAAUUAUGCAAGAAUUCAUUAUCUUGCAAUAAGUUACAUAAAUAAAGAUCCCUUGAUUAACUUUAA